AUGGACGCCAUCACACUUGUACUUCUCCACUUUGGCAUUAUAUCCCGUCAUUCUCGCGGUAGUAAAACUUUUGCCCACUGCCCACCUUGCGGUGCCUGUUCCCUCUUUUUUUCUUGCUACCUCGGUGUUGGCGCUAUCUUCACCUCUACUAUUACACCGUGUCACACCAAUUAUACAACUAAAUAAAAUUAAGAACAAGUACUUCACAACUGUAUCCUGAUAGUUAACUAAGUAGUAGCACAUCAAACCCUUUCUCAACUUGGCGUUUGUCAAGUUGAAAACAUUUG